GAGGCUAAGGCUUCCAAUGAAAAACAUAAGAGAACAGUUCAGCAAAAAGAUUUCAAGGAAGAGCAUGAGCUAAUUUAUGGUGCAUUUUUACGUGCGUUGAAAUCUGACACAUUAGAUCCAAUAGGAAAAGAAGUUGCUACUUUUUUAUGCGGUAAUUCUGAUAAUAUACUUAAGGGUGUUGAUCUAGAAAAGGUAGAACCACUAAGUGAAGAAAAUUUUUGUCAAUUUUUACUUGCUGUAUUUAAAGGAAUAAAGGUAGGAAACUUGGCAAGUAAAGAAAACUUAACAAAUAAAAAAAUACAAAAAUUAGUGAAUGAGUGCAUUAGUGAUGCACGUGAUACGCAACGUAACGAUUCAUUGAUACAAGGUCUUGGAUGGUUUGUUGGAAUAAAAAUAGAUCCCAAGAACGUUGCUAGCUCUAUUAAAAAGGGAGUAUUGAAUAAAGUUCCAUUUUUAGGAAACAAAGAAGAAAAGAAUGAACCACAAAAAAGCGAUACAGAAUUAGUAACUGAUGUACUUGUGAGAGUCUUUCUACCUAUUUUUAUUUUUGUUGUGACAGCAAUAUUUAUUGAGGUUAGCCAGAUAAUGAUAAUUUUUGGUGUUAUUGGUCUGAUGAUUGCUACAGGUAAAGCCAUAAGCAGUCUAUUUGCAAGCACUACGGAUAAUUUAAGCUAUACACCACAGGAAGUUCAAUCAAAAGAUUGGGAAGAGUCUAUUAUCAAUGAUAUUAACGAGAUUCUGCUAAAAGACUUGGAGCAACAACCACCAAAAGACCCGGAGCAACAAACAUCCGAUCAAAAAAAGAGUCCAUCACAUGUGGGUACAGAAGACGAGAGAAGAAAGAAUAAUUCCUCUGGAUGUCCAAGAACCUAUUCAUAA